AGCGUCCAAUAGACGACGAGACGUCCGUUACGAUUUUCAGCGUGCUCGUUCACGUACCUAAAUGCGCCAGCCAUUGAAACUAGCCUGGACUAGUGGAUCAAAAGAAGCAGAGCAAGGACCGGAAGUAGCUCAAAUGGCUGAGUGGAAUGCCUUCUACCAGAAUGAGGAAGAUGAGGAAGAGCAAGAGGAAGGAGAACAAUCUGGAGGAGAUUACAAAAACACAGGGAGAGACAGUUUGGUCUUCUUGGUUGAUGCCUCCAAGGAAAUGUUCAUCAAAGGAGAAGACGGACAGCUCUCAAACUUUGACAUGACUAUGCAGGUCGUGCGCAGUGUGUACACCAGUAAGAUCAUUAGCAGUCACAGGGACCUGAUGGCGUUGGUUUUCUACGGCACAGAGAAGAGCAAAAAUCCCAGUAACUCAUUCAAGCAUGUCUACGUGUACCACGACCUCGAUGAGCCCGGUGCAAAGCGAGUUCAGGACGUGGACGCUCUGCGGGGGGACAAAGGUGCCAAGUUAGCGGCAGAGACCAUGGGCAGUGGGGAGACGUCAUUAGGCGAUGCUCUGUGGUGCUGCUCCAACCUCUACAGUGACAUCAAGCUACGCCUCUCACACAAGCGGCUCAUGAUCUUCACCUGCAGGGAUGAACCACACGGGGGCGACAGCGUGAAGGACCGACAGGCUCGCACCAAGGCCGGUGACCUCAAAGAGACCAGUGUCGUCAUUGAUCUCAUGCAUCUGAUGAAACCGGGCGGCUUCGAUGUCGCGACCUUCUUUCGUGACAUUGUAAGUCCACCGGAGGAUGAGAGCGAGUUGGGGCUGCAGCUGGAGCCUUGUGACAAACUAGAGGACCUGCAGAAGAGGGUGCGGGUGAAGGAGCAGAAGAAGAGAGCCAUGUCCAGGUUGAACCUGUGUCUCGGCGAGGGCAUAAACGUAGCCGUGGGAAUUUAUGCAACUGCUGUGACUGCUCGGAAACCAGCUCCUGUCAGACUUUACAGGGAAUCCAACGAGCCAGUCCGUAGCAAAACCCGAACAUUUCACACCCAGACUGGCAGCCUGCUGCUGCCCAGUGAGAUAAAGAAAGCUCAGGUGUAUGGUAAGAAGCAGAUAGUGAUGGAGAGAGACGAGGUGGACGCCAUCAAGAAGUUUGAAGAUCCUGGACUGCUUCUGAUUGGCUUUAAGCCGAUGGGGAAGCUGAAACGUCACCACCACAUCCGACCUGCCGUCUUCCUGUAUCCUGAGGAGGACGAGGUGAAAGGCAGCGCGUGUCUGUUCUCUGCCUUGUUGACAAAGUGUAGCGAGAAGAACGUGUUCGCUCUGUGCCGCUGCGUCUCUCGCCGAAACUACCCGCCUCGAUUUGCUGCACUGGUGCCUCAGAAAGAGGAGGUCGACGAGGGGAAAGUACAGAUUACACCACCAGGUUUCAACGUCAUCUAUCUGCCAUACGCUGACGACGUGAGGACGCUGGAUCCUCCUCGGUGCCAUUCGGCCUCACAAAUCCAGGUGGACAAGAUGAAGGAGAUCAUCUCCAAACUCCGCUUCAGAUACAGGAGUGAUGCUUUUGAGAACCCAGUCAUCCAGCAGCACUACAGGAGCCUGGAGGCCUUGGCUCUGGAUAUGAUGGCUCCAGAAAACAUCGAGGACCUCAUCAUGCCAAAGCUGGAACAGAUGGACGGCCGCCUGGGUCCGUUGGUCCAGGACUUUAAAGAUCUGGUGUACCCGGCCGGCUACAACCCUGACAGCAAACCAGCUGCCAAACGCAAAACAGCUGAUUCUGGAGGAGGAGCUGAGAAGAAGCCCAGAGACGAGGUGUCGGAAGACGAGAUGCGGGCCCACGUUGUGAACGGCACGCUGGGAAAGCUGACGGUGCCCGUGUUGAAGGGGGCCUGUAAACAGUUUGGGGUCCGGACCACAGGGACCAAGAAGCAGGAGCUGAUGGAUGCUCUGACUGCCCGUCUGGGCACAUAAAGAGUUAAACAUGCACGGUACCUUCAUGAGCAGGCACACGUCUUCAGGUGUUGUGAUGUACUUUACAAGCAGGUGACACGCUUUACCUUGUGGCGUUGAGAUGGAGCAGGACGCUAGUUCAGUGCUAAUGUUCAGUGUGUCAGUCCCGCGUGAAUAAUGUUUGAAGGUCUGAUGUAAAUACUUUUCUCUGCUGUGUUUAUGGCUGAAGAACAGGUGGAACGUGAUGUUUCCCGUAGAUUAUUCUAAGUGUUUAUCCAAAAGAAAGACACGACAGUAAAGUUGCGUAACUUUCUAACACAAUAUAAAAACAUGUCAGUCCUGUUUAGAACUUUAAUGCACUGCCACUUGAGCGUUAAAACGGAAACAAUAACCUCGACAACGCUUUUAUUUUAACACACCAGAGAAAACUAUUUAUAUCAGAAUGUUUUCCGGUCUUCCGUACCUGGACAGAACACAUACCGUCUACACACUUUGUGAUCAUCUUGUAUUUGCAUUAAUAAAACAAAAACCUUUUACAACCCUG